AAUUUUAGCCCGCAUCUCAGGAGCAAUGAGGCCCUAAGAUGCACAUCGCAGAGUGGAAGCAAUCGUCCAGGGUGUACGCACUGAUCCUUGCCCUCUGGAUCGCUGGGGUCCAAGGACAGGAACUGGCCGAGAAGGUGGAUGUGACUGUGGUUUCUACGGCCUAUACACUCGGGUUUAGCAUCUCCAACGAGGCCCAGUACUCCAUCGAUAAGGUGACCUGUCGCAAUGGAUCCGGAUCGGAAACCGAGGCCAACGCCGAUCACGUGUGCGAAAACCUUAAUCCUUGCACCUUCUACACGUCGGUGGUCUCAUUCCGGUCAAAGGUCGUCGGCAAGCCAUCGCCUUCUGACCAACCGGUCAAUGCCUACACUGAAUAUAAGCAGCCCAGGACCAAUGUGACCUCAGUGGAGGCCACAGCAAACACAAUCAAGGUGACCUGGCAGACGACCGACCGCGCCUGUGUGGAGUCCUUCGGAAUCGCGGCAAAGGCGCCGGACUACACCAAGUCCUUUCAGCUGCUGAACGACAAAAGUGUUCAGACUUUCGUCAGUUUAAGCGCCUGCCUUACGCACACGAUCACCCUGGAGACGCGGAACAACGCCAGCAUCGUGGUGGACAUUGAUGCCAUCGAUGUGGACACCCUGUACGCGGAGCCCGGCGAUCUCCUCAUGAACGUAACGAACCUAGCCAGCGGCAUUACAGUAGUCACGUGGGGAGAUCCCUCCGAGAAGAACUGCAUCAACAACUAUGUCUUCAAGUGGCAACGCAACGAUUGCGGAACGGAUCAAAACCAGGAUACCACCACGGAAGAGACCAGCACGGAUAGCACGAACGAUGUGGACUAUGCUACUACCACGCCCAUGGAGACCACACCAGAUCCGCCGAAUGAUAGAGUUGAGUGCGAGUGGACCGAUGUCUCCGCCGAUGGCAAGCUGAGGGAAUACAUCCUAGCCGAUCUUCAAGGAUGUGAGCUGUACACCUUUGAGGUUUUCAUCAACGAGAACAGCACGGCCAAGGCUUCUCAGCUGUUUACUUCGGCAGAAAAGAUGGUCAGUGCGGUCUAUGAGCCCAGUUUCGCCGCCUAUCCCACCCAGUUGCAUUGGACUUGGUCUUCUCCCCAAAAUCACGCCAAGUGUGUGGCGAAUUACAAUGUAACGCUGACGGGUCCCAUCCAACGAUCGGAAAACAAAACAUUUAACGUGGUCACUGAGGAGACGUUCGCUACCUUCGACGACCUUGAUCCGUGCGGGAUAUACUUGGUGGAGAUCGUGCCCAAUCAGCUAAACGGAAGCACUGGAACCAAGUACCAGGAGCAGAGCACCGUUGCCGAGGACCAGCCUUCCGCGGUUCAGAAUCCCGAAGUGGAACCAAGCGCCUACUCGAUGGAGGUGGUCUGGAUGACGCCCAAGUACGCCGAUCUCUGCAUCGAUGGCUACCGGCUGUCCGGCUGGAUGGUGGAUGAGACGGAGGUUGAGGUCGAAGCCCUUAGUCUUACCACCCAGAACACGACGGUGGUUUUCGACAAGAACUUGCUGGCCUGCCAGGCCUACAUCAUCCAGAUAAUCCCAUAUACCACGGAAAGCCUCGAUGGCCAGCUCAUACAGGUCGGAGUCGAGACCAAAGCAGCUAUUGUCGAUAACUCUAAGAUCAAGCUGGAAAUGAAGCAAGCUGGCCCCCAAUUUAUUGAGUUAACCGCCUUCAAUGCGGACUAUAACAACACCUGUCCGACGAUCUUUGCGCUUUUCACCUGCAAUGCCACCACCGAGGUGCGCAAUCCCUAUGCGGAACGGUAUGUGGAGGGACACAGCAAACAAGGUUUUAAUGCAAGUCUUAGUCCACUGUCGCCGUUCACGGUCUACGUCUGCAGAGUAAUACUCUACAAUGUGGCAGGACCUUCCGAGCCAUAUGUCCUCGCCAAUCUGAAAACCACAGCCUAUUUUCCCGAGCAGCCGGAGAAUGUGAUGCUGGAGAAGAGCACGGAGAACAGCCUUCUGUUCAAAUGGGAUCCGCCCACCUACACAAAUGGACCCAUGAAGUACUACCAGGCAUUCCUGAUGCGCCACGAGGCCAGCUACUUUGUGCCCGAGGAGUGCGACGACCUGCCCCAGGACACCAAGUCGGAGACCAAGGGCGAUCCUAAUGUGAACUUCACGGGUCUGGCUCCGGCGGUUCGAUAUAUGAUGCAGGUCGCGGCACUGAAUGACUUCGGAAUGGGCACCUAUACCGAACCCGUAAUUGGAAUCACUUUGCCCGCAGUAUCCGACAAAGUGACCGAGUUGAGCGUACUGUCCCAGGGUCCGGAGAACAACAACGCCGUCUACAGGGCGAACGUGACAAUCACCUGGAAGGUUCCCUGCAGGUCCAAUGGCGAUAUAGAGUAUUUCCAGCUGAACUUUAGUGGCUCACGGACGAACUUCGAUCCGUACGCAUUUCAACGGACGGUGGAACUGGACAGGGGCAAUAAACAGGGCCGAAUGUCCUACACGGAGACGGAUAUACAGCCGCAGGUCGACUAUACGGUGGAGGUGUUCGUGAAGAAUCGCAAUGUGGAACAGUUGAGCGCCAGCGUAUCUGACAAUUGGCAGUCGCCGCCGGGACUGCCUAGCAUUCCGAGUGAAGAGCUGAUCAAGCAAAUGCGUGCCAACGUCGAGGAGACAUCUAAUCCAACGAAAACCGCCAUUGUCCGACUGCCUGCCGACAUCAUGACAUCCGAGUACGGUGACAUCAAGUGGGUGGCACUGAUGGUCUCCCAGAAGAUCUGCGCUGGAGUCCCUAGCCUCAAAUACGAUGUCAGCAGCGAUUGGCCAAAGGUGCUAUCCUACCAAGAUGCCGGAGCAGAUGGCACCGGCGACUGCAGCCUGGAGUACCAAACAACCGAGGAGCGCUGGCAUCCGGUACCCGUCCAACGUCGCCAAAGGGAUGGAGAGCUAGUAUCCAAGAAGGAAAUCGUUUUCACCAUCGGAGUGGACAAGUGUUCCGAGACCAAGAAAACCUACUGCAAUGGACCUCUGCUAGCCGACACGGACUACAACGUUGUGGUGAGACUGUUCACCGCGUCUGGUUACAGCGACGCCGCCGUACUUAACUUCAAGACCAAGGCGGCCAUUAAGGUCACCCUGAUCCUGGUGAGCGUUUGCAGCUGUCUGCUGCUGGCCUUCGUGCUGGGUUUGACGGUUUUCUGGGUGCGAAAGCGAUUGGACUGGAAACGGGAUUCUGGUCAGGGUAUCGAGGACCCCUUCGGCAAUGUCAUUGCCAAGAACUUUGCCAUCUUUUAUACAGAGGUCGCCAAGCCGGAGAAACUGACCAGGGAGUUCAAGGAGAUCACCGUUGUGGCCUUGGAGCUCAGCUACUCCGCCUCCGAAUUGGGUUGCCACAAGAAUCGCUACGCGGACAUAUACCCCUACGACAAGAAUCGCGUGAUUCUGGACAUCGAUGCGGAGGGAUCGGACUACAUCAAUGCCUCCUUCAUAGAUGGUCACACCCGUAAGAAGGAGUACAUAGCCACCCAGGGACCGAAACCAGAGAGUGUGAUGGACUUUUGGCGCAUGGUCCUGCAGUACAACGUGCGGGUUAUUGUUCAAGUUACCCAGUUUCGCGAGGGCAAUACGAUCAAGUGUCACGAGUACUAUCCUUAUAACGUGCGUGGAUUGUCUGUGACUAUCAAGUCCAAAGAGGUUUUCGAGCUGUACGACCGCACUGAGUUGACCGUUGUGCACGACAAGUACGGACUGAAGGAGAAGGUGAUCCACUACUAUUUCAAAAAGUGGCCCGAUCACGGCGUGCCCGAGGAUCCCAUGCAUUUGAUAAUGUUCGUGAAGAAGGUGAAGGCGGAACGGCGACCCAGUUACUCGCCCAUCGUGGUCCAUUGCAGUGCGGGAGUGGGCAGAACGGGCACCUUUAUAGGUCUGGAUCUGAUCAUGCAGCGACUGAAGAGCGAGUCGAAAAUCAAUAUAUUCGAAACGGUGAAAAAACUGCGAUUCCAGCGAAUGAAAAUGGUGCAAACGCAGCAGCAGUACACGUUCCUCUAUGCCUGCACCUAUGAGCUGGUCAAGCAUAAGAUUCCCCGAGCUGCCUUUAAAAUGGAGGGGCGUCCCAAAUCCGAGACUCUGCCCGCCAUUCCAGCACCCAAAAAGGUGAGCUUUCCGGACGUGGAUGUCGGCGACGACUACGUGUCAUCGGCACCGAUGUCCGAAGUGGAGAACGUGCCCAGUCUGCAGCUGCCUGCUCGGUUCUCCGGUCUGCGGAGUAGUAGCCCACCAGGCGAAGACGAUGGUCCACCUGCGAGCAGUAAUAUGUGAGAGAAGCUGUGUUCUUUUAGCAUUCGUAUUAACAAUGUGUUGACAAUAAUAGCCAAAGAAAUGUGUGUCUAAAGUGUAAAUUAGGAGUGAAACGUGGAUAUAAAUUUUGAAAUUGCAUUUGAUAAACUGUUUUUGCACAUAAAUUGUAUAUAUAAAGAAGGGCAUGUAUAGC